CAAAUCACCGCCAACCAGAGUAUGGCGGUCGUUUCAAGCGAGCUGGGGGUGCUAUAUGGGCUCUACGCGGCCGCGGGCUUCAUCUUGCUCUACUUCUCAUACAAAUACGCACGCAAGUACUACAACCAAGCGGCCUUCCUCCUGCCGCCGUUUGUGUGCUUUUGUGUCAUCUACGAGAACAUUGUGCUUGCAACGGUGGGUCUGAACAAGGAAUACGACAGCGUCAAAGUCAUGCUCGCAUUCCAAUCGUGCAUCAUCCCUGCAAUGCUGCUCAUCUGCUUUGAAGUCGCAUACCUAGUCCACAAAAACCGAUCGGUCAACUUUUGUGGGAUCUCGUUCGACUCUGGCCAUCGCACCCACCGGGACGAGUUCAAGUCGACCUUUCUCCGCUUCGCCAUGUGGGUCGUUGGCCUUGGAUUGCUCACCCUCAAGCUGCUCGUGUACUACCGCUACUACGACGACAUUGUGUUUACGUCGGGCAUCUACGAAGUCAACGGGUCCGCGACUGUCGGUACCAUCUUGACGAUCAUUCCAGCCUUCUCCCUCGUCAUUCUAUCCAUCUACAUUGGCAUGCGGCUGUGGAACUACGGGUCCAAUUACGCGUACACCGUCCACUCGACGUGCUUCAACCCGUGGAUCUGGAUGAUGGUCGGGUCCUUCCUCCUUGCUGCGGGGUACCUCAUGCCGGAUCCACUCUUUGCUCGCACGUCCAACGGCGGCGAAAUCUGCAUGUUGGCUGCGAUCAUCCGCAUGUUCCGCGAAGUUCACAAAGAUUUGCAGGAAGGCGCGGAUAUCGCCAUCACGCUUCUCGAUGGAUCCGCCGCGGGGCUCCAUGACCACGCGGGAUCGCCACGGAACACCCUUCAAGAGAGCCCGUCAACCUCGGGCGCAUCGUCGAAGUACGAUCUCAUCGCGUCGCCCGUGCAGCGACGCACAGUAGAAGAGACUCGGCUCACAGACGCCAGUACGGAAGCAUACUUGAGUGUAGUGAUCGCGCGCACCAAGGAGUCCUCCGCGCCGCCACGAAAGCAAGCACUGCAUGACGAGCUUUUCGACGUGUCGUUGGCGGGACCCCCGCCACCGAGGCUUACAGUGCCGAUGCUGCAAGAAAAGGCGAAUCGAUCGACGAGUGUCUCGUCAACGGUACUCCCGUGGCCCGCGUCGGCAGACUCGGUCAUGCCCGAUAACGUCCACCGCAAGUCGUCCUCAAUCUUUGACGAGAUGCCGCUCAUGGACUUCCCCCCGCAAUUCUUUGGGAGCAUGAAGGCAGAAACUGAAGCAGCUGUGGAUGAAGUCGACACGCAAGUAGUGCUCCAUGACGCUACGACCGAAAGCAACCCAUCGUCACCUGACAACGCAUCCGGGACAGACGGCCAAUUUCUCAACAACUCGUUCGAGUUGAUAUCAUCGCCAUCCACGGAGCCACCAACUCUGGUUGCCCGCGAUCAAGAAGACCUCGUCGAUGCCUCGAGUGUAGUGCAUUCAUUCGAGCCAGGACUCGUCCAAGCGGUGGCGCCACUGGAAGUUGCUAUUGACGAUGCCGUGGAGCACGAUGACGUUGCUGAUGCAACAGCGCUUGUGGAAGCAGUUCCAGAGGACUUCACUGUCGAGGCCGAUGAGCCAGCUCAAGUUGUGCAUUCAACGGACGCAGAUGCACCAAGUCAUGGCGUAGCACCGGUAGUCGUUCCUGUGAUUGGGGUGCCUCCUGCGCAAGUUGUGCAUGGGUCUCGACAGAUCGAAGCAGUUUUAGCCGUGGAGUCGGUGAAACAAGAAGCUACAGCGGCAUCAGCAAUCGACGAAGGUGUUGCGCAGCCAUCUCAAUCGAGUGUGGAAGUAGUGGUCUGCGAAGUUGGUCCAUUGGUCGAGUCCCUCAUGCUUCAAGUCGAAAAGGAAUUCCAAAUGGAUUCACCACUUACCGAUCCAUGGGAGCACAUUCACGCCGACGAUGACCUGCUGCACGUCGAGGAAACGACAUUGGACGCAAACGGUGCACCAAAUCACGUCGAAGAUCGUGCUGCGGAGGCAGUAGACGGGACGGCGCCAUGUGAGUCCGUCCCAGCCGUGCCACAAACCUUCGACGAGAUUCGUCCGAAUGACGUCUUUGCUCCAGUUCAGAUUUCAUCCUCUCCUCUCGACGUUGACUCCGUCGAACCUCUGACAGUGUUCUCCAUGGAGCAAGACCACAGCACCUCGCCAUCUCCACUCCAACGCGACCCUGUUCCCGACCAUUUUGACCAUAUUCCUCAAGACACACGACAGACUUUCGUGUUGGCCAGCCACACUUAUUCUCCAGCUGCCCCCGACGACCAGGAGCAUGGAGUAUCUAUUGUUGCAAUUUCGGAGCCACAAGCUCCAGCUGAAGGGGAUCCAUUGGACCUGAUGUUCUCCAUGGUGGGAAUGCCAGACAAUGGCGCAUCAUCGCCGUCCGAUCUCCCGAGUCCCAUCGAGUCAGAUAAGACAGCAUAAUAUGCAGCCAACUUGCGAAAGAAGAAACCAAAGUGUUACGUC